AUGGUUGCUGCGAGCACUCUUCCCGUUGUCGCGGUCGCGGUCGCGGUCCAGCUCGUUGCCGUUGCAGCUUCUGGUCAUGUCAUUACUAACGACACGUAUUUCUACGGCCAAUCGCCGCCAGUGUAUCCAUCGCCGGAAAUGUCUGCCGCAGGUCCCUGGGUAGACGCCUACGCCAAAGCCAAGAAUCUCGUGUCCCAUAUGACGCUGGCGGAAAAGGUCAGCCUCACUGGUGGCGUUAAAGACCUAGACAAUGGCUGCUCGGGCAACAUUGCCAACAUCUCCCGGCUCGGCUUCCCAGGCAUGUGCCUGAGCGAUGCUGGCCAAGGCCUGCGCGCGACCGACUUUGUGAGCUCGUUUCCCAGUGGCAUACACGUCGGAUCCAGCUGGAACAAGGAAUUGACGGCCCGCAGAGGCGCCGCCAUGGCCGACGAGUUUAAGAAAAAGGGCGUCAACGUCUUGCUAGGCCCCGUCGUCGGACCGGCCUGGCGCGUAACGCUCAGUGGACGCAACUGGGAGGGCUUCGCGGCGGAUCCGUACUUAUCGGGUUCGUUGGCGGCGCAAAGCAUCCUGGGCAUUCAGGGUCAAGGUGUCAUUGCCAGCACAAAGCAUUUUAUUGGGAAUGAGCAAGAGACAAACAGAAAUCCCCGUCAAAAAGCCGAGUCUGUUUCGUCAAACAUUGACGACAAGACGAUGCACGAGCUAUAUCUAUGGCCCUUUCAAGAUGCCGUACACGCCGGGACCGGCAACAUCAUGUGCUCGUACCAGCGCAUCAACAAUUCGUACGGCUGCGCCAACAGCAAGACUAUGAACGGCCUGCUGAAGACGGAGCUGGGCUUCCAGGGCUUUGUCGUGUCUGACUGGGACGCCCAGCACACUGGUCACGCCGGUGCUCUGGCGGGACUGGACAUGGCCAUGCCCAGCCCUGGGUCCUUCUGGGGCGACAAGCUUGUCGAGUCUGUCAAGAAUGGCUCAGUACCUGAGUCGAGAAUCAACGACAUGGCCACCAGAAUUCUCACCUCUUGGUACCAGCUCAAGCAGGACAAGGAAUUCCAGAAACCAGGUUUUGGCAUGCCAAAAGAUAUCACGAAACCGCACGAGAUUGUCGACGCUCGCGAUCCAGCAGCCAAGCCUGUGCUUUUUGACGGUGCCGUCGAAGGACACGUUCUGGUAAAAAACACCAAGCACACUCUUCCGCUUGCGAAGCCACAGCUCAUUUCCGUAUUUGGCUACUCGGCCAAGACACCCGACUUCUUUGCCCCGGGCGGCGGUGACGGGCUCUUGCGGUGGCAGCUGGGCGCCGAAACGAUUGACGCCAACAAAGCCGUUUCCGCCGCCUUGGGCAAUUCCAAAGACGCAUCGGCCAUUGGCAUCAACGGCACGCUGUUUAGCGGCUGCGGCUCCGGCGCUACCACCCCGGCCAAUGCCAUCUCACCCUUUGAGGCCCUCAAGAUGCGCGCGCACGGCGACGGCACAGCGCUGUUCAACGACUUUGCCUCGCCGCAGCCUGUCGUAGACCCAGCUUCGGAGGUGUGCAUCGUCUUUGGCAACGCCUUUUCCUGCGAGGCUUAUGACCGCCCCGCGCUGCAAGACAAGUACACCGACGACCUGGUCAAAAGCGUUGCGGACAGCUGCAACAAGACCAUUGUCGUCCUGCACAACGCGGGCCCGCGCGUCGUCGACGCCUUUAUCGGGCACGACAACGUCACCGCCGUGCUCUUUGCGCACCUUCCCGGGCAGGAAUCGGGCCCCGCGCUCGUCUCUCUACUCUACGGCGAGUCUAACCCCUCGGGCAAGCUCCCCUACACGCUCGCCCGAAACGAGACCGAUUAUCCCGCGCUCAAGCCCAGCACUCCCGAGGGGCGCUUUGCCCUCUUUCCGCAGUCUAACUUUUCCGAGGGCGUGUACACCGACUACCGCCACUUUGACAAGGAGGACAUGACGCCGCGCUUCGAGUUUGGUUUUGGCCUAAGCUACACCACGUUUGCGCUGUCCAAUGCCACGUUCCGGCGCCUCGAUGGUGGCAAUCUCGACGUCGCGUAUCCCACGGGCGCCGUCAUCCCUGGUGGCCCCGCGGACCUCUGGGACAAUGUCGCGUUCGUGACGGCGGAUGUGCAUAACACGGGCGCUGAGCGGGCCGGCGCCGAGGUGGUGCAGCUGUACGUGGGCAUCCCGGGCGCACCGCGACGGCAGCUGCGCGGCUACGACAAGGUGCGCCUGCGACCGGGCGAGUCGCGAACGGCGACGUUUGCCCUGACGCGGAGGGACCUGAGUGUGUGGAAUGUUGAGGCGCAGCAGUGGCAGCUCCAGCGAGGCUCGUAUACUAUCGAGGUCGGCACAAGCAGCAGAAAUCUGCCGCUGAAGCUGUCUCUGCAGAUUUAG